AAGUGUUUGAAGUUCCUUCUGCUGCUGUGGCUUAUCCAUGCCCACACCCCCACAGCUCAUUCUAACCAACCAAGCCCCACUGCUGAGGAAAGGCUUCCAGGGGGGAAGUCGUUGGGAAAAACCACCGAGAAAAAUAAUACUUUUUCUCUUCUUCAAGCAACCCCAGCUGCAGCAGGAAUUAGGAGCCAGAGAUGCCAGAGAAGUUCCCGGCACAAAGGCUUGAUCCGGUCCAGAGCCCAGCAAGGGCUGCGAUUGCACACUCAAGACUCCCAUGUGGUGAUGGAUAAUGGGAUAGUACAGGUGACGAUAUCAAGACCAGGGGGGUUUGUGACGGGGGUACAAUUUAAUGGCAUUGACAAUUUGCUAGAAGGUCUUAAUCAUGAAGAUGACAGAGGAUACUGGGACCUUGUUUGGAGUAACAAUGGGAAUCAAGGAACUAGAGGAAUAUCUGAAAGGGUAAAGGGAACGGCCUUCAAGGUUAUAGUGGAAACCGAAGAUCAAUUGGAGCUUUCUUUUACAAAAACAUGGGAUGCCUCCCAGGAGGCCAAGCUUGUUCCAUUGAAAAUCGACCAAAGGUAUGUGUUGCUUCGUAAUUCAUCUGGAUUCUACUCCUAUGCAAUUUACGAACACUUGAAAGAAUGGCCUGCUUUCUUCUUCCCCAGAACCAGGCUUGCCUUCAAGCUUCGAAAAGACAAGUUCAAUUACAUGGCACUGUCUGAUAAAAGACAAAGAUACAUGCCACUGCCGGAUGAUCGAUUCCCCAACAGAAGCCAAGCCCUGGCCUAUCCUGAAGCUGUCCUUCUUGUCAAUCCCAUUGAGCCAGAAUUCAAAGGAGAGGUGGAUGACAAGUACCAGUACUCAUGUGAAUUCAAAGAUCUCCUGGUCCACGGAUGGAUCAGCUCCCAUCCACUUGUGGGAUUCUGGCAAAUCACACCCAGCAGUGAGUUUCGAUCUGGAGGACCCCUCAAACAGGAACUGUCCUCCCAUGUGGGUCCUGCUAACCUCGCUAUAUUUCACAGUCCUCAUUAUGUGGGAGUGGAUUUGGUGCUGAAAUUUGAAGCCAAUGAACCGUGGAAGAAAGUAUAUGGCCCUGUUUUCACCUAUCUUAAUUCUGGAUCAAAUGGAAGUGACAAGGUUCAGCUAUGGGAGGAUGCCAAGAAACAGAUGAUGAGUGAAGUUAACAGCUGGCCUUACAGUUUCCCAGCUUCAGAGGAUUUUCCUAAGUCUGAGCAACGGGGAAAUGUUCUUGGUAGAGUACUGGUCCAGGACAGGUAUAUAAGCAAGAAAAUUAUUAUUGCAAAUGGUUCUUACGUGGGAUUGGCCCCACCGGGAGAUGUUGGAUCAUGGCAAAGAGAUGGCAAGGGCUACCAAUUUUGGAGCAAAACAAAUGAUGAAGGUUAUUUUUCCAUUAAUCAUAUACGUGCCGGAAAUUAUAGUCUUUUUGCAUGGGUCCCUGGUUUUGUUGGAGAAUGCCGAAGUGAUGCUGUUAUUAGCAUAGAAGCAGGCAGCAAUGUUGAUUUGGGUGAUCUUGUAUAUGAGCCUCCUAGAGACGGGCCUACAUUGUGGGAAAUAGGCUAUCCUGAUCGUUAUGCUGCAGAAUUCUACAUUCCUGACCCUGAUCCAAAGCUUAUCAACAAGCUUUAUGUUAAUUUUGACAGGUUUAGACAGUAUGGUUUAUGGGAUAGGUACACUGAUCUGUAUCCACAUGAAGAUUUAGUUUACACAGUCGGCAUUAGCGAUUAUAGAAAGGAUUGGUUCUUUGCUCAGGUUAACCGGAGGGUAAGUAACAACACUUAUCGAGGAACGACAUGGCAAAUUAAGUUCAAGAUUGAGAUUGUUAAUGAGAAUGCAACAUACAAGCUGCGAGUGGCACUCGCUUGCUCAAAUGGCGCUGACUUGCAGGUUCGUGUGAACAACCCAAAGGCAGAUCCUCCACUGUUUUCAAGCGGACAGGUAGGGAACGACAACGCAAUCGCAAGACAUGGAAUUCAUGGGAUCUACCAUCUGUACAAUGUGGACGUGCGAGGUGCUCAGCUUGUGGAUGGGGAUAAUAUUAUUUUUCUAACACAGCCAAUUAGCACCAGCCGUUUCCAGGGAAUCAUGUACGAUUAUAUACGUUUAGAAGGUCCCUCUUCCUAAAUCCUAGAGGGAAUUGUAAAAUUUUUGUUGCCAGAAAUGCCAGCAGGAAUUGCUGCAGCUCGAAACUGUUUAUCACAUACCAUUCAUUUUAGUAGCAAUUGAAUUUAAUAAAAUAUGUUCUGCCUUUUGUUGGCUGAUUGCCUCCUCU